AUUUGCUUGGAUACGGAUAGUGAUACAGAACUGCGCAACAUCAAAGCGAUAUUCUAGUGUAAGUAAGUACUUUAUCUUCAUCUGCAUAUCGUCAUUUGUACUUUUGAAAACUCACGAAGGAACGUACUUCUUGAAUUUUUUUUACCGUGGUUCCCGUCUUGACAUCAAACUAACAAUAAUAACGACAAUGCGUCUGAAGCGCCGGCGCGCUGCCAACAUAGCGCCACAGGACCGGCGUCGCGUCCUUUUGACUCUACUUCUAAACGCCCGCGGUGUUGCGCCCGAAGAGGAGAAUGCUGGCGAUAAACCGUUCCUCGCGACGAAGCGACCCCUCGCGUACCCCAUGGUCGCUCCCUACGACAGCCGACCGUUGAAUAGCGUCUUUUUUGAAAGGUACGGGGAGGAGGUUCUUGUUGAGCAGGGAAGUCGAAGCAGUAGCAGUUCUUCUUCAUCUUCCUCCUUCGGGACUAACGGGGAAAGAACGGCAGCAGGAUCAUCUUCUCCAAGCAGUAGUAGCUCUACUUCUACAGUGCAAGAACUAUUAGAUGCGGAGAAAAAUCGGAAACCGAUAUUGAAGUACAGUCCCAAUUUCAUCAAUUUGCAAGAACUGCCCAUCGGGGAGGACCCAAAGUUUGGGAAGAAUUUUAACACCGACAACUACAAAAUCCGACCCGCGGACAUCAACGUGCCACUACCCGAAGCGAUGCUCGAAGAGAAAAACGUAUUUGGUGAUGUUUCAUCAUGUCGUUGACGACAAAAUACUUUAGAUUUUGAUCAAGAUGAAAACACUGUGUGUCUGAAAAAUCAUUAGUCGGUCCUAAUAGUUGAAAUUCAGAAGUGAGGUGCUGUGUGAUGAAAAGUGUUACUUACCUUUUUAUACCAAAAAAAUCCACCCAGGUUCCCCUACCGGAGCAGCAAGUAGAGCAACUCCCCACGCCUCUUGCCUCGACCCUCCAGCCUAGUGAAAACUCGGAGAACAACUACGACUCCAAGACCACGUCCACCAUACAGACCACCACAUCCAACAUUGCUCCUCUGAACGGUCCCAGCGUGAAGCUCGCGUCGCCGCCCAUGGGCUGGAUGAGUUGGGAAAACUUCCGGUGCCAGCGCGACUGCGAGACCCAUCCGGACGACUGCGUGAGCGAGAAGCAGUACAAGGAAAUGGCGGACACCAUGGUACGAGACGGCUACGUCAAAGCGGGGUACAACAUUCUCUGGAUUGACGACUGCUGGAUGGCGGGGCGGGGGCCAAACAAGGAAUUUUUACCGGUGCCGAAGAGUGACGAGGACCGCAUCAAGCACGCCGAGAACUACAUGGUCUUCAACAAGCAGGUCAAACAGAGCCACGACUUCGGCCCCAACCGGGAUGCGAAAACCGGUGCGAGCUUACUGGCGCGAAAUCCGGACACGCAGGAAUUGAUCCCGGAUCCGCUCCGAUUUCCGAGCGGCAUGAAGGCGCUGGGGGAGUACUUCCAAUCAAAGGGGAUCAAAUUUGGGCUGUACACGUGCGCCGGAACGCUGUCCUGCGAGCAGGACGCGGGGAGCAUGUAUUACGAAGAUUUGGACAUGCAGACCUUCCACGACUGGGGGGUCAAGUACGUGAAAGUGGACGGGUGCUUCGUCCCGCAGGGUAAGGUCCAGUCCCAGUACAAGAAGAUCGGGCACGCGCUCCAGAACAAAGACAUUGUGUACGCGUGUUCGUGGCCGGCUUACUUGGAUAAGCCAGAAGCGGAGAAGCCGUUCUCGGAAAUGUACCAUGAAGCGGGCUGCAAUAUGUGGCGCAACUUCGGUGACAUCUCGAACUCCUUCCCGGUCCUGCGCUCCAUCAUCUCCCACUGGGCAAGCCAGACGCAGGGCUUGGAAUCUGCCCCCCUCGGUGCGUUCAACGACCCGGACAUGAUGCUGGCGGGGUCGGACCACGACCCGGGCGAGGACAACGCGGGAUUUACGUACACGCACGGUUCCCAGUACCGCCUGACGGUCGACCAGGCGCGGAUUCAGUUCGCCAUCUGGGCCAUCGUCGCGGCGCCCUUGCUGCUGUCAGCGGAUUUGCGGAAGUUAGCGGGGGACGAGGGCAAGCCGUACAGGGACUUGAUUUUGAACCCGAAAAUGAUCGCCGUGAACCAGGUAUAGUUGUUUUUGCAUCACAAAUUUUUAUUUUUGCGAAAUUCAAAAUUUAAAUUUCUUUCACAAAGAGAAAAGUCGUGUUUCCAUCAAAAUGUCAAACUGAAACUUGUGGAGCCAGCACUUAUGUUUUUCGUAUUGCAUGAUAAGCACUCUAUCGCUUUAUUCCUCUUAUCAGGACCCCAAUGGUGUCCGCGGCGGCUGUCGUGCGGGUUGCGACACGGACUUGCAAUUGUGGGCCCGCGACCUAACGGACGGGUCGGUGGCUAUUGCGCUCGUGAACCUGGUAUGCACUGCAAAAGUAUCGUACUAGUAUGUAGUGAGGUCACCGAACGGUUCUAACCAGGGAGUUUUUUUGCCAUCUACCCUCAAAAACGGCCGGCAGUUUUCAAGCGGUCGGAAGUGUUUUUGAGCAUAAAAGGUUUUCACUUAUCAAGCGGCCGGGGCGUUUGCGGCAAAAUAGCCCGGGCGGAUUCUAUCGAUUCGCACUGGAUAAAACGACGCAGGGGAGCCGGCAAAAGGGGCGCCCUUCUGAGGCGCCCGCCGCCUUGGUUUCUGGCGAUUUGGGGCGCCCAAAAAGGGGCGCGCAAAAAACGCGCCCAAAAUCAGAACAGCGAAACAGCAUGGCACGGCCGCGAUUUCGGAGCAUUUUGGGCGGUCGCGAAAGCGGCCGCCUUUUCGCCGGUUUUAGAGCCUGGGAAGCUUUGCAAAAAGCGCCGGCGUGAAAAAUAAAAACGCGAAAAAUAAAAAGCGCCCCAGACGCGCAAAGCCAAUCCGCAUGCUAUGGGCCCGGUUUUUCUUCGCUUUUUGGGCGCCCCCCGUGGCACCCGGAUCGGCCCCAUAGCAUCGGGGCUGGCUUUCGGAAAGGAAUUUUGGAAAUGUGCCAAAAUUUGCGACGUUUCCCAAGUGGGCGCCAUACCGUGCGGCAUAACGUUACGCGCGGUGGUAUGGCGAGCCCAUAAAAAGCAAAGCCGCGGCCAAGGCGGCGGUCGGCAAAAAAACGCCCACGACCUCACUACCCCCGCCCCGGCGGCUAUAUUUGGUAUGAAUUGCAUGACGAAUUCAAAUUUUUCCUAGAAGAAAAAUGAAAUUUGUCACGCAGAUUCAGGUAAGAAAGCAGAUCUGUUAUGCUAGAUUCGCAUUUAUACGAGUACGAUUACGAUACUUUUGCAAUGCACACCUGUCGCCGUCCGCGAUUCCCCACUACCAAUUCGGCACGAAUUUGAAGAAACCCGUAAAAAGUGUGAAUGAUGUCUGGCAGCAAAAGGGGUACGAAGCGGAGUAUGAGGAGGAACUACCGGUAGAACAAAAACUACCAGGUGGACAGCAGGGACGAAACAAUAUUCCGGUUUCGCAGGAAACAAUCUCCGCGGCUGCUCCGGUUCUUCCAGCUAAAACGUCGGUUAUCGGAGAUGGUGACCAAUGGCGCAUUAAUGUCCGCAUCGCCACCAAGCAAGUCGACGAGGAGCUUAUGCCAUGGAAGAAUGCUGGGAAUUUUUCAAAAUGUGACGGAGAAAUUUUUGAUCAUGCGCAAAGCAAAGUGUACUUUAGAAGUACAUCUAGGUAGAUACACCUUCGGUGACGGUGAUUCUAUUCGGUCUAGCUAAAUUUUCCUUGACUCUGUUCGGUUUCGGUUAGAGAGUAAUGCUUUGCUUCAGGGUUCUGCUUCGGUUAGGCUUUAGCUUUUGUAGCGUUCUUUUCGUGUGAACAACCCUUUUUAAGCUUAUGAUCGGUUGUAUUUGCUUUCUUGAAAGUCGUCGCGCUCGCGAUGCGUCGCUCGGUUGGUGAAUCAAUGUUGAAGGAUUUUGAACAUGUUUGUGUUGUCAUCGGUUUCUAUCCGAGCAUGCGUCUACAACGAAUUCUUCCGGGCUUGUUCAAGAGAUGAGCCUACCCUCGCCAGCGUGUAAGUAUGUGUAUGCGCGCGCAAUCCUGCGAACCCUAGGGACCACCUCUGAGUAUUUUCAAAAGACGACAGGAGCUGCACUAAAAAUUGCGACUUUCUUCCCAGAAAAUCGCAGCCCCACAUACCGAUAGCAUCAAGUCAUCUCCUGAUCUCAUCGUCUCUCUAAGUAGACAAAACUAACGUUAAUUCGCUCUCCCUUUUCAGAAUUCUCUUCCGUCAUUUUUCAAAUUUCCCAUUUCCCUCACCACCUGCAUAAACCUGGUCGAGCACACAGCGGCGGACAUUACUUUUCAGAACCUCGCCCCGCAGAGCACCUUGUUCCUCGUCUUGCAGGCGAGUGCGGAGCCCGUGAAGGUAGUACGAUCGUCCCCCGUUGUAGUUCCACCGCCUCCGACUAUCGCAGCGCCGCCGGUCACACCAGCGGUAGCGCAAGGACAACAGCAAGUACCGGUGAAAGAACACCAGCAGGUGAACGCUGCGCAGCAGACCACCCCCACCACAUCAGGAUCCGACCGCGUCAUGGUGAAACGCGAGGAGGACGAGGACGACGCGCCCGUCGGCGGCGGCCCGCCACCGUGGGAGCUGGCGCAAAUGCAACACGAAAAAGUGCACGAGGAAGCGCUGGCGCGGGAAUCCCCGAUUCGUGCGGACGGCCAGAAGGAAACGGUCCCGUUGCCCCACCCGAAUCUCGUGAACCUCGCCUCGAAUCGGAGGCAGGGCAAAACGGAUUUGGCCACCACCAUCGCGUUUGUCGUGCAGCUGAUCUUCUUGAUCACCGGAAUUGUCCUCUUCCUCAGCUGCCUCAAUCGGUGGCGAAAGAACUGGCAGCUCACCAUGCAGCAGAACCGGACGGGUUUGAACAACAGUGUCCGACCUGCACGACAUAACAGCGACGGCACGCGGUCGCCGAUAGAGGACGGGAGAUCGGGGUCGAGCCACAGUUUACACGGGCCAUUGUCGACCCGGAAAAUUGUGUACGACAGCGAAAAGCAGUCCUCGUCCAGCGGUACGGAGGACGAAGACAUGAAAGCGAAGCGACCAUUUUUGCACUACCCGGAGCCGUUAGAUCAUCGUCGAGAGGUGGAUUUAGAGCAGGGCGGAGCCCUGUUCUCCGAUUACUCCUCAGACAGCGACGAGGAUGACGAGCAGUCGUACUCGCUUUAAGUUUUAAGAAUUUGAGAAAAAGUAGGAAUGUCUUGUCUUAUUGUUGAAAGCAAGCAGAUGCAGAAGCUUGUUUUGAAAUCUCUUCGACCAUAGCAGUAUGGACAAAUAAUUUGUUUAUCUUUUGAUGUUUGACAUAAGUUGUAGUUACUGGUCGCUUUGUUUCCGUACCUACAGAUCGAUGACUCAUUGAAGAUAAUGCCCGGAGUUUUUCAACAAAAAGAAGCUUUGUAUUUUUUCGUAUGCUUAUGCAACUCCUUUUAAAUGUAUCUAGCUUUGCGAACAGCGGUCUCUUUCUUGUGCUUGUGCACGUCCUGAAACAACUGUAUUGCCUUUUGAUCCAGCAACACAAACUUCGUGAGAAGAUAAACAAGAGCGGCAUCAGCGCGACCGCGCGUGUCGUCGCCGAUAGCUGUUGGCAGAAGUAGCGCCCGACCAGAAGGUAAGGCGCUUCACCGCGCUGCUGCAUUGAAAGGGGGAUGAUCUCGAAACUCUGCACAUUCACUUUUUUGGAAGUGCCUGCUGGUAGGACGCGAUACGUUUUUCCUCGCUGAAAAAUCGUGCGUGCAUGAUGUUGUUUUCGCUUAACUUCGUUUACGGAUUGUCAUUGUGAUUGUCGCCGUCGGUUUUAUUUCGCUUAACUCGUUGCGGUCGUCACCAUCGUUUUCGGCCUCUUGACUCGGAAAAUGAAUGAAAGUCGUGUGAGUCGCUAUCUCUACUAGGUACCUUCGUUC